UGAAAGUAGAAAAACAUGGCGGACCAUAGAGAUCUUGAUCCUAUAUUUCCUGGACGAAAUGAGGGAUGUUUCCAUGCAAGCAAAGGUCCGUUUCGUUUCGUGCUACUAAUUUUCACGUGUAUGCUGACGUUCGGAUCGUAUUUUUGCUUUGAUAUGCCGAGUGUUUUGCAAAACACCUUCACAGCGCCUUCACAUCCUAACAGCACAGGAAACUGUACAACAGUGGACGGAAAGCCAAUAGACAAGAUUCAUAGUAAUGGAACUCAUUGUACUAGUGGCCUGGAGUUGACUGAAACACAAUUUAAUUUGCUGUAUGCUAUAUAUGCUUGGACGAAUGCAAUAGUUGUUGUACUAGCUGGGUUUUUAAUUGACAAGUUGGGAAAUCCAAUUGGUGCCCUGUUGUUUUCAUCCAUGUGCCUGGCUGGUACUUCUGUGUUUGCUAUAGGACUGUACUUCGAAGGAGGGUCGGCCAUGUUUCCCAUUUUCUUAUUGGGUAGAAUACUGUUUGGGUCUGGAAAUGGCUCAUUAACAAUUGUGCAAAACAGAAUAUCUGCAAUGUGGUUCAAAGGAAAAGAACUUGCUUUUGCAUUUGGUUGUAUUCUGGCAUUUUCAAGACUUGGCAGUGUGUUAAACUUUCUUCUAACAGAAAGAUUUAAUGAAAAGUAUGGUCUUCAGUGGACUUUAUGGGGAGGAGCCAUCCUAUGUGGAGUGGGUGUUGUCUGUGCUGUUGUAGCAUCAUUAAUGGACAUUAUUGGGCUGAAGCAACUCAACAAGCAAGUAGAGAUGGAAAUUGAGUCAAAGAGAAUGAGACUCACAGACAUCAAGUACUUUUCAUCAUCUUUCUGGCUUCUGGCAUUCUGUCUAAUGUUUUUCUACAUUGGUGUAUUUCCCUUCAUUGCAAAUGCCAGUAAAUUCAUUUAUGUGAACUACAAUGAAACUUUCCGCUUUACCAAGCAAGAGUCUUCUUACAUUGCGGGCAGUGUGUAUAUGGUGUCCAUGAUAUUUGGACCUCUGAUGGGACUAUUCGUGGAUAAGUUUGGGCGUAGAGGGAUUCUUAUAUUCCUUUGUUCAGCUUUAACAAUACCAGUUUAUGGAUUUUUGGCAUUUGCACCAAAUGUUCAUCCCCUUGUACCCACCAUUUGGCUUGGCUUCACCUACUCAAUGGCUGCAGCAUCUCUUUGGCCAUCAUUCCCUCUUGUUGUGGAACAGGCAACUGUUGGUACUGCUCUAGGAUUAACAACUUCAAUUCAGAUGAUUGGUAUGGGAAUAGCUAACAUCAUUGUUGGAAAAAUGCUUGAUAUUAUAACGUCUCAAUACAAAUGGAAGUAUGUUAUGAUUUUCUUGCUGGCCAAUACCUUGGCUUGUGUGACAUUUGCCAUUUUGGUGAAUAUUGAUGAUAGAAGAAAGGGAGGUGUAUUAAAUCACUCACCAAGAAAAAGAGAUGAUUUAUUAAUAGAAGGACCUGGCAACAAUUAUGGAUCAAUUUCAACAUCAGGAUACACUAAAAAAGAUGCACUUCUUUAUGACUCCUCAACAUCCAUCAAUUAGAUCCAAGCAAACUUUCAUAAUUAUCAAUCAAUGUGUCUUUUUGUUUUACCCUUUUUUCCUUAAAUCAGUUUUCACCAUUUUCCAGAAAGUUCACAUAAUCAAGACUCCUGUGUAAUUUUGUUUCCAGUAUUAUAUCUCCAGAUUUUGCAUGGUUUUAUAAAUUGACAGAAUAAAUACCUCUUACUAACCGAGUUCAAGGUCUGUACUGUUUGUUAUAGACCAAAUUUUUCUCCACUCAGAUUUAUGGCCCUAUUGAAGGCCAUAAAUCCAAGUGGGAACAAUCAAUGUUCUAAAACUUGCAAAACAGACUGAAAAAACAAGGCUAGUAUAAUAUUUUUGAUAUCUCUGGGUUCAAAUAUAGAAGGAAGAUUUCACUUCAAACAAACUUUAGAUUUAGGGAAGCAUACUGUGAAACAAGGCCUGCCAAAUUGACCAAUCAUAACAUAGGUAAUAACUCUAUACAAGAUUUAAUAAUUUAUAAAAAGGCUGAAAAAAUCAUUAAUUCUAAUAUUGAUUUAUUACAGUUUUUUAUUAUAAAUAAAGUAGAAUUUAAAAUUGAGAAGAACAAGAAUAA